AGUACAUGUGUAUGUAUGCCUAUGUGCAAUUUUUUGUGUUAUUCAUGAGACUGGGUUCGGACUGGUAGAAGACACUGCUAUUGCUCUAUUGUGGAAGCGUAAAUGUGUAUGAGUAUAAAUAUAAAAUACAUGUAUAAUAGGUGCAACAUGUGUAUAACUUUACAAAUAUAUAACUACCAUUACUACCUCUAUGCGUAUGUUGCUGUAAUUUCUCUACCUUUAACUUUCGGAUUAAAGCUUUUUUAUUUGUUUUUGUUUUAUAAUCCUUCUACGCUAUUUUGUGGCUGGCUAUAAUACUUUAAUGGGUUAAAUAGUUUUAAGCCACUCUGCCAGCUUCACUUUAACAGUAAACUUGUAAGAAAUUAGCCGCAGCAGUCCUCAAGCAGUCCGCGAAAAUCAACUACGUUAAAUAAGCCAUAUAUACAUACAUAUGUAUGUAUUAAUUUCAUUAAGAUAUAAACAUACAUAUGUAUGUAAGUUAUAUAAUGAAGUUAAAUUAUGUCCUGAUGCAGUUUGUGGUGCUGUUAAUGCAAAGUUGUCCAUCCCAAAACGGCAUAUUAGCGCGCAAUAUACACACAACUACUGAUAUAAUUCUGAGUGACAUUCGUAAUGCUUUCAAAACCAUAACAAACAAUACAAAUCUCAUAAAUCGUAUUAUACCCCAGAUGUACGAGCCCGUAGUGCUUUCAUCAAAUGUUACCUUUCAAUUCAAAAUACCAGACAGCAGUGUAAAGGACGGUUGCUCAAUAUUGACGAUGCAACGUAGUGACUUAGUCGACCCAGUUUUUCCUAAUUUAACGAUGGAGUACAUACGAGCGCAAUUAAAUAAAACCCGCUCUAAUUUAUUUACAAAGGAACGUCUGGAUAGUUUGGAGCCAACUAAUGUAAGUGCCGAGAGCAGUACAAAUACUUGGAGUUUACUAGGAUUGGAUGGUUGGUCUGGCGCUGUUGCUUUAGCGGUUGUUGAGCCCAAUAUUCAGGAGCCUUAUCCAAACAACGAUAUCCUUUUAGAGUUGGAGAAUGGAGGGAAGGACCCCGAUGAUGAGAACGUAUAUAUAGCGCGCGUUAAUGAUCCUUUCGGUAUCUCCGUCAAAUGGGAAUUUAAAAACUUAACCGGUCGGACAAAACGCGACGUACUUACAUUAUACUCCAUCAUUCAAUGUGCCACCGGUUGUAAGCCUCUCGUAUAUAAAGGAUACGGUUGUUACUGUGGAUUUUCAGGUUCUGGUGUUCCUGUUGAUGGCAUAGAUAACUGCUGCAGGAUCCACGACAUAUGUUACGAACACAGUAAUUGCAUAUCGUAUUUAGAAUAUUUUGUACCCUACAUUUGGAAGUGCUAUCGACGAAAACCAUUAUGCGCUUUAGAUCAUGGAGAAUUUGGAGGCCCAAGAUCAUGUGCAGCGCGACUGUGUAAAUGUGACAUUCAAUUGUCUCGUUGUUUACGACGAUUUACCUGUCCCAGACGUAAAGCGGUAUGCUUCAGCUCGAAAGCUAGGCGUUUUCAAAAUUUAUUACUUUCAUUUUAGAUUUAUAAUGUAAUACAUUCACAAAGUGUGAAAUUUCCAUUAUCAAUCCUUAAAACUUACAAAAUACAUAUUUCCAACAAGAUUAAACGAGGAAAUAAAAACUAAACAUAUGGCAAGAUUUGUA